AGAGAAAUUAUAAAUUAUCUCUUUUUUCCUUUUUAUUUCUUUUUUUGGUUGGAAAUUUGGACGUUGACCAACACCGGAUGUGGUCUGUUUGUUUUUCAAAGUAAAAGUGGAUUUGCGAAUAUUAAGAGUAUUUUUUCCUUUUUGUGUUAAAGUGUAGCACCAGUUGAGUUUUUUUAAGUACACAAAACGCUGAAAUUGUUUCUCUCACUUUAAACCGAGUGUUCCCUAAAUCGGUGUAAGUUGGAGGUGGAACAUUAAGAGCAUUUCAGUCUGUUGAGCGGGCUGACAGAAAUAGUAAAGAGGUGUCUUUUGUAACAAAAUGUGCUCCUGUACUCCCACCAGCGGCUCUGUCUCCCAUCAGCUGUUGGAGGAUGCCUUGCAGGCACAUAUGAUGUAAUCAACCGGGGAGGCAGAGCCAGAGCUGGAUAAUAGCCGCACAAUACGGAUGCAUCUCGGCCGCUUCGGGACUUGGUGAAACCGAUUUGGAAGCCUUCGUGGAGCGGUCUCGGGGAGAGGAUCGGCGAUGUUUUGGGGGUCGUAUCGCGGAGGUUUGAGUCUGCUGUCCUCCCUUCUCUACGAAGAGGAUGUUUGAUGCUGACCAGCAGUAGCAGCAGCACCGGCUGGGGAUGCUCCUGCUGAACUUGACUCCCCUAUCAGCUGUAAUUAACCGCCAUGGCCCAGGAGUCUUUCCCUCCCGCAGUUGCUCCAUCAUCCUCCGCGUGAAAAUGGCCCGCACUCCGCCUCCAUCCUCGACUUCCAUCUGCUCUAGCUGUCGCCUUUUCGCUCAUGAUGACAGGAGGGCACCCGCCUCGGAUUUCAGCGCAUGCAGGGCCUUCGUGUCGACUAUGGAUCACAUCAUCACCCCUGAUCUGAUGCUGUGAGCUGAGUGCCGUGGUUGCUGUUAUUACGCAAAGGCGCCUGCUGCCACCAUCGAUUUCCCUUAACAGCUGACUAUAUUUCGGGGCUCGGAGAUGGGCCUCUUUCACUGCUGCACCUCGCUUUGCCCUGCUCGGAUCUGAGUUCCUGACCGUACUUGCCGUAAUGGCUCUGUGACAUCUAUCUCAGCCCUCAGCUGCCCACUUUCUUUAGACUUUUACGCGCGGAGCUGCGUCCAUGCAGUUUUGUUGCCUUGUGGGGGAAUGAGCAUCGGCCGUCCCUCCUGCAGAGGUCUGCCCGUUGCAGCUCCUGCCUUCCACCGUGUGGCCCUGUGACUCCACCGGGUGAGGAGGUGCUGACAACCUUAAAACGCGGACUAAGGUUUGCCUUUCCAGCUCAGGUUAAAACCAUGGCUAAUGAACCCGUCAUCCUUAACGUGUAUGAUAUGUAUUGGAUAAACGAAUACACGUCCAAUCUGGGCAUUGGUGUCUUCCACUCAGGCAUUGAGAUUUAUGGGAGAGAAUUUGCAUAUGGAGGCCAUCCAUACCCUUUCAGUGGCAUCUUUGAAAUCAACCCCGGCAAUGCUGCCGAACUGGGAGAGACAUUCAAAUUCAAGGAGGCCAUUGUUUUGGGCACCACUGACUUCACAGAGGAGGACAUAGAUAAAAUCAUGGAGGAGCUCGGUAAAGAGUUCAAAGGGAACGCCUACCAUCUAAUGCACAAAAACUGCAACCACUUCUCCUCCUCGCUGUCUGAGUUGCUGUGUGGACGGGAAAUCCCCCGCUGGGUCAACAGACUGGCGUACUUCAGCUCCUGCAUCCCUUUCCUGCAGAGCUGCCUACCCAAGGAGUGGUUAACCCCGGCCGCCCUGCAGAGCCACAUCAGCCUCGGCCUUCACAAAGAGGAGCAUAACGAGUCGAGCGACGAGGACCCUUCGUCGCCGUCUGGAGCCACGGCCGCUGGCUCGGGCUCCUCCCACAGCUGUCGUCACACCAGAGUGUGACGUGACCUCUGGGCCUUCUCACCACUGCUUCUGAUGGCAUUAGUAGGCUUGAACAACCACCUGACCUCAUACUGUUUGUCCUCUGCGUAAAAGAGGCAGGAAAAGAAGAGUUUCCUUUUUGAAAAGAGAGCUGCUGCCAGAGACUUCAGGCCUACAGACUUACAGAGAAGCCGUUUGUCCUUUCAGCAGACGACAGCAUGACGAGGGCGUGCUUUUCCCUGAGCCCUGAAGUGCGUGUCUGAUUUUGACAGUGACUACUUGUAGAUCUGAAGUUUGUAGUAUGUUAUUAUUAGUCUUUUCCACAAACUUUGAAAUCUUUGUCAGCCUUGUUCCCUGCCCUGCCUUCAGAGCUGCUUUUGUAGAAUGACCACAUAGACACUGGAUGGUUACGUCAGCAGGAAUCUGCUCAACUCCAACAAGUUCUCGUUCGAUAACCUCUAUGUGGCCUUUGCCUGAUGUUGUUGAUUCGGCUUUCUUUGUUUGGAACUUUUCUUUGGCCAUUUUAGAGGGUUAACGGGUAAAAAAAAAAAAGGAAAAAGAUUUGAUUGUUCCCUGAGUUCAAUCUGAGUGAGUAAAAGUCCUGCAUGUGGAAAGAAAUUAACAAAAGAUCCCACUUAACUUACUUCAGAUAGAAGCUCCUUCUAUUUUUUAAAGCGAUUACCUUCGUUCAAGCUUGUUUUAAACAUAGACGGUUUGAAACAAUCAAGGGCAAACAGUGCCGCUGUGCACACAGCCUCGGACAGCCCAGUCACGAUCUGUGAACAUCUCAGAGACACAAACACAAAGAAAGUCAAGCUGCUACUCUGACAAAUAUUGACUUUGUGACCCAGAACACAUUUUGUCUAUACUUUUAUAUCCAAGUGAUCUUUAUAUUAUAAAGGUGCGUUAACUUACAGAAAGGGAAAAUAGACAUUUACAGACAGAUUUCCCCUGGAUGACAUCUUUUUCACCUUUGAGACCGAGCUGCCACGAGAAAGAACGACAGACAUUCAGUGUUUCCUCUAAAUUGCAGAAGUCAUUAAAGAUAAUGUUCUUUUUAAAUACCCCCGUUGGCUCUCUUGCCUAGAUUUAAAAUACAACAUAAAGUCCAUGUUAUGCCUGUACAGUUAAUAUCGAGUUACAGCCAGCAGGUAAACAUCACUGAAGCUCAGAGUUAUAUUGUGUUUGUUUAAUCAGACUAAGGCGUAGGACUGGGAAAAAAGACCUGUGGGUCUUUUUCUUGACUGGGACCAGUCACAGAGAGACACCUGGUUCCAACCAAAAAAGGAGGUUGUUGCACAGUGUUUGUGAGUAUUAAACAAGCCAUAUACAACAUGUUAGAGGUGUUAGCGGAGGAUUAUGUGACCUUUUUACAGAACCAUGCUAGUCCUUGUAACUAGUUCCUGUCAUGCUAAACUGAGGUAGACAGUUUCUUAGAUAUGAAUCCUAUGAACAUUAGACUGGUGAUAAUAUCGCAACAGUAUAAAAGAGCAUUUUUCCUAAUAUAAAACUGUUAACUAAGUACAUAUUAUAUUGAUUGAUUUCCCCAGUGAUGUUUUUACAGAAAGUAUUUGAGCCUUUUAAAAUAAUGAGGCAUCAUGAGGAGAUAGAGAGAGAGAAGCUCACGUUCUCAGAGGGGGGAAAUUGUGAUGUCGUAAAAUUAGUUCCAGUCACUGCAGGUUUAGCAUACAUGUCAGUAAAAGAUGACAUCAAUGACUUUGGACCCUGAUUAAGAAACUGUUACAACGAUGAAGACCUGCUCCUUGCUUGAAGAAGACGAGGCCACGUGUUUGAAUCUUUGUUCCCCACCUCUCCUGCUGUGGUGCGUUGAAGGACAGCUUUCUUUUCUCAGGAAGGAAAUCACAUACUUGUAGUAGUGACAGUCAUCCCGUUCAUAAAUGGGCUCAAAAGUGCAAAUUAACUUUUUCAUUUUAUUUUCUUCUUGUUCAUAAAUAAGCUACCGUAUCUCCCUAUAUGUUGGCAUAUUCUUAGUUUUUUUGAAGUGUGCUGUGAUCAACUUUUUGGUUCAUUUUGAGUUGAUAGGGAGAGGGAGUGUACAGUGAUCAGUACUACAUGCUCAAAAGUCUUCAACACUUUCUACAAAGCAAACCAGACAGGUUUUUUUUUCUGUUGUACUGUGUCAACCUAAACCUUGUAUUUGUUUUUCCUAAUCCAGGACAAUUUUAACAAUGAUGAUAGUGCUAGAAUAAAAGAGAUGGAAUCCUAAGUGAUGCCUGGCUUCUUCUGUUAUACCGUACUCCAAAAUAUGGGCACUGGAGGACCAUAACGCAUAUAUUUGUAUAUUUCAAAUUAUCAUUCACAUUUUUAGUAUAAAAUACUUAUUCUUUUAUCUUUUGGAUGUUCAGUACUGUGAAAGAAUCAUGAACCACCCCUCAUUUCUUUAUAUUUUAAUAGGAAAAGGUGAAAGAGGUGCCGCAAUUUAUUUAAAUGUGCAAAGAUACAUGGAAAUACAAGAACAGGGUUUGUACAGUUUUAAUGAGUUUGUUGAAGCAGAGAAAUUGGCGACAAUGUUGCAAGAAAGAAGCCAUUAAGAAAAGACAGGAAGGAAGGUCUGACAGAAGAAACUGAAACAAACAAAGAGAAAGUUAGAAAAAAGGCACAGCUUUCCAAAAUGUUUCCACGGGAGUGUUAAUAGUUAAAGAAAAAUAAUUUAAAAAUGUUUGCAGUGCAGUAAGAAUAACACAUUUUUUGGUCAACUUGAAAGAAAUGCAUAUGUGAAAUGUAAAAGAGAGAUCAGAGGUCAAUUGGGACUAUCCAUGUGAUACUUAGAAUCCCAGUUUACCAGUAUUGUUUCCUAAAUGUUGCCAAUACAAAGAAAGGCUG